AAGAGAAGAGAAGGGCAAUAAUUAAAAACUGAAGGAGGGGCGGGCCAGGGGCCAUGGGUCAGGGUGCGUGCGUGCAGUGGAGUGCAGGGUGUGAGAAAGAGAGAGAGAGGGAGAGGACCAACAUGCCCUUGUCGGUUGUUCUGCAAAGACAAGCUCUUUAUUAUUCUCCCCCCCACUAAAUUCAAUUCUGAGUGCGGUGUGUUCCUUUCUUUCUUAAUUCUUAUGGCCUUGGAUGGCUGGUAGGAAACAAAUACAUACCCCCUUCUACCAUUUAUUUCUCAUCAAAUCAAAGAUUAAGAAUAAUAACACCACAUAUGCCUUUUCCUAAUCAAUCUGUUUAUUAACUUCAUUCUCACUCUCUCUCCCAAGCUGUUGCUGUUGCUGUUGUUGCUGGUGCAAAUACCCGAGCUUAUUCUUAUUCAUCAAAUCAAAUCAAAUCUUGUAGUUCUAUCUAUGAGAUUAAUAAUUUAAGUUGCGGAGGUGAGUCUUAUAUACUAGUAUAUUAUUAUAUAUUAUAUUAGGUUCUUCUCAGCUAGCUAGGGACCCUGCUUAUGCCAUCUAGUCUAUGUAUAAUGUAUGCUUCUUUUGUCCUUUUCCUAUGCUAGUUAUUUUUUUGUUCUCUAAAUAAAUAUUAUUAGGCAAUUGUGUGCGGUUGCUAUAUAAACAGUUAAAUCACUUGCUUAGAAGAUUAGGAUUGUGAUUAGUGAGAAUUGGUUGGUGGGAUUAAUAUUAGCUCCCAGAACGUCAAUAUCAGAACAAUAAGCUAAGAAAAAAAAGAAUAGUUGUAAGUAAUUAUAUCAUCCUUGAUUGAGAUUUGAGCUUCCUCCCUCUUGGAGUAGAUUAGAUGGGAUGAAUUAGGGUACAACAACAAACAGCAAGAUCCAUCCACAACCAUAGUUAAAUUUGAAAAAAGAAAAGGUCAUGAAGAGAUGAUGAUGGUUUAAGUGUGCGGAUCAAGGGUGGCUAAAUUAGAUCCAUGCCAUCAGCUGCAAAUUAAGGAAAAGGAAGCAAUAAUAUUUGAUGGAAAGAAGAGGGGAAGAGGAUAAGGAAUUAGAGAUGGCAACAAUAACAGCAACAGCAACAACAACAACCACUUUGGGUAGUUAUAGUGUUGUUGUUGUUCCAAACAACAACAAUAACAGGGAUUCUUCUUCUUCAACUUCUUCAAAGUUGUCUUCUCCAACUGUGGUUGGAGCUUCUGAAACAACUCACCAACCAUCUCAAACUCACUCAUUAGUCUUCCACCACCAUGAUCCUCCAAACCACAACCACCACCAUCAACAUCAUCUCUAUCCUCAUCUUCAGCCACCCAACCAACAAUCUCUAAGACCAACCUCAGAUCCAGAUCUAACCUCGUCUCCUAUUGCCACAACAGCACCGCAGCCGCCGCCACCACCACCACACGCAGCUGCAACAACCACCACAGCAUUAGCAAGGUACAGAGAAUGUCUGAGAAACCACGCAGCCAGCAUGGGGAGCCAUGUGGUGGAUGGUUGUGGAGAGUUCAUGCCAAGCGGAGAAGAAGGCACCCCGGAAUCACUCCGGUGCGCCGCCUGUGAGUGCCACCGUAACUUCCACCGUAGAGAGGUUGAAGGCUCCGCUCCUCAACAGCAUCACAACUAUUACCCCAACAACAACAACAACAAGCACAACGGUCACAGCACUCAUCAUCUUCUUCAGUUCCACACACCACCACCAUCUUCAUCCCUUCAUCAUCAACGAUUCUCUCAUGCUAUUGCUGCUGCUGCUCCACCAUCGGUUCAGCCGGUGAUGAUGGCGUUCGGAGGAGGAGGAGGAGGAGGAGCGGCGGAAUCCUCUAGCGAAGAUCUGAACAUGUUCCAUCAUCAGUCAAACGCAUUAGGAGGGCAAUUCUCAGUGCAGCAAGCAUCAGCGUCAAAGAAGAGGUUCAGGACAAAGUUCACACAGCAGCAGAAAGAUAGAAUGAUGGAGUUCGCUGAGAAGCUUGGGUGGAAGAUUCAGAAACACGAUGAGCAAGAAGUGCAGCAGUUUUGUUCUCAAGUUGGUGUGAAGAGGCAAGUUUUCAAGGUUUGGAUGCACAACAACAAGCAAGCUAUCAAGAAACAACAGCAGCAUCACACGUAAGCAAAAAAAUCAUUGUUUAUUAGAGGAAUUACUUGUUUUGUUUUCUUGUCCUCUCUUCAUCUUUUCUUGUUCUUUGCAUAACAAAUAAGAACCAAAGAAAGAAUUAGAAUUGAAAAAUGAUUUUCAUUUUUAUUAGUGAAUAACUAUAUAGAUCAUUUAGAAGAUGUGCAUAUUCAAAUUAAACAGAGCAAGUUAGCUUAGCUAGCUACCCACCCUAGAUACAUGGAAUUCAAACUUUCAAAGCAGCCACAUAUGACUUUCCAUUUUUAUAUAUCAAUUCUGUAUGCUCCUAUUCAAUCAAUUACUUCCAUCAUCAUCAUCAUUCAUAUGCAGCCAACAAAAUAUGCAUGGAUCAUGGAUGCAAUAAUAAUUAGUUAAAUUAAAUUCUCAGUUUCUC